CAACCCCCGUCCGCACGAGAAAAAAAAAAGAAAAAAGAAAAAAGAGACAAUGUUAGAAAGGCAGCAGCACUCUGUAAGGGACGAGGAAGGGGUACAAAAAUAUACCGAAAUCGCCUCGUCACCAUGCUGCUGAUUCGAAUGCGUCGGUCACAAGCUUGGGUCCCUGGCGCAACGGCAUUGGCUUUCAUCUUUGGCUCACUUUUACUUUUCUUUGCACACAGGCGGGGCGGGAAUGUCUAUCGCCUUGUUUCCGUGCCGCGCCCGGUGGAAAGGGCGAAUUCGCGCACGCUGGUCGUGGCUAAGCUGCGAGAUGCGGAUACGAACUGGGUUGAUAUGCUCGCGGAAGAGGAUGGUCGGCUCUCGAGCGCGGUGUACACUGUUGACGCGCCGAACACGAAUGACACUUUGUUAAGUGUACCGAUGAACAAAGGCCACGAGGUCAUGGUGUACCUGACCUACAUCAUCGAGCACUAUUUCCAGCUCAGCGAUGUGACGAUCUUCAUGCACUCGGACCAAAUCGCGUGGCACAACAAUGAUCUCUUGAAUAUGGAUUCGGCGGAGAUGGUGCGGCGUCUGCGAAACGACUACGUUUACAAAAAGGGAUAUACGAACCUGCGUUGUCAACACGACCCCGGCUGCCCGGCUCGCAUUCGCCCGGCACUCGCCAACGGGCAGUAUAAUCCGGACGUGCCUGAGGCUGUGGUCAUUGGGGAUACAUGGAAGACGCUCUUUCUGGAGGAAGCUAUGCCGGCUGCGCUGGCGCAGCCGUGUUGCAGUCAGUUUGCGGUUAGUGCUGAGGCGAUCCGGCAGGUCCCCUUGAUGGACUAUGUCGCAUACCGGAGGUGGUUGAUGGAGACAGAUUUGGAUGAUAAUCUUUCGGGACGGGUGUGGGAGUAUUUGUGGCAGUGGAUCUUUACAGGACAGGCGGAGGAUUGCCCGAAUGAGAGGGUCUGUUACUGUGAGGGUUAUGGUGUAUGUUUGGAGAGUGAGGAAUAUGAAGAGUUCUUUGACGCUCAGGAUGAGGUGAGGAGAUUACACAGUGAGGUGCAGAAAGCUUUGACUACAAGACCGGCGGAGAAGGUGGGUUCGAUGAAGAAGAAGAUGGCCGCUUUGCAGGGAAGGAUGGAUGAGAUUAAGGCCACCGGACUCACGAGUUGAUGAGAUGAUUAACGACGCUGUACACUACUAACUAGAUCAAUACCGUGGUUUACAUAACACUCCUGAAGUAGUAGUAUUCUAUAAGUGAAGUGAGAUUUUGUCUAUCGU